AUGGCGCACGAAAACGGAAUAAACGGCGGCGAUACCGACUCGGAGUCGGUGGAGUUGAAUCCUCUGAGGAGAACCAGAUUCCACGUGAAUCGGGUCGACAGUCUCGAAGGUCGGGCCAGUCUUCUGGGCGAGCAGGAGACCAAGAAGUCUCUCAGAUAUAUGACCAGAGAGGCCCUGCCCAGGCUAGACAAUUACAGGAACAUCAUGAGCAUCCAGGCGGCCCACAGACCCUCCUUGGAUGAGUUGCACAAUCCCACUCUCCUCAACAAGGGUUCGGGCUCGCAUACGUUAACUGUUCCGCAACUGAAAUCCAUGGCGCCAGGAGUGAAAUUCGGAUGGAUCCAAGGAGUCCUGAUGCGAUGUCUCCUCAACAUCUGGGGGGUAAUGCUUUUUCUGCGACUCUCCUGGGUCGUAGCACAGACCGGAAUAGGCCAGGCUAUUUUGUUGAUUCUCACGACGACAGUAGUCACGACGAUCACAUCUUUGUCGAUGUCGGCGAUCAGCACCAACGGUCUCAUCAAAGGAGGUGGAACCUAUUACAUGAUUUCCAGAUCCCUGGGACCUGAGUUCGGUGGAUCUAUAGGUCUUAUAUUUUCCUUGGCAAAUGCUGUCGCUUGUUCCAUGUAUGUAGUUGGUUUUUGCGAGAGCUUGGUGGACUGCCUCCGUCCUUUCGACGCCUGCAUAAUCGAUUGUGCAACCGCAGACAUCAGGAUCAUAGGCAGCAUAACAAUAGUUGUACUUCUGAUAAUCGUUAUAAUCGGCAUGGAAUGGGAAGCAAAAGCCCAAAUAUUGUUGCUGAUAAUUCUCCUUGUGGCUAUUGGCGAUUUCAUUAUUGGCACCUUUGUGGGCCCCAAGAGCGAGACGGAGAGGGCUAAAGGAUUCAUUGGAUAUAACGCUAAGCUGUUCAAGGAAAAUUUAUAUCCGAACUAUAGAAGCCACGAAGGCGUGAAACAUAAUUUCUUUUCAGUCUUGGCCAUUUUUUUCCCCGCGGCAACAGGUAUCCUGGCAGGUGCGAAUAUAUCUGGUGACUUGAAGGAUCCGCAAACAGCCAUACCGAAAGGCACGCUACUCGCGAUUCUCUUGACGUCGUUGUCAUACUUAAUGAUGGCAAUUAUGGUCGGCGGUACCGUUAUGCGAGACGCGUCCGGCAACGUUACUGAUUUAUGGACGACGUACAAUAGCUCUCUUUUGGCCCUGUCAAUGCUCGGCGCAGACAAUGACACUGAGAUUGAAAACAGUACAGUUAUCGAAAAUAUCACUCGCAGUUGGAGUGUAUAUGGAACGGAUUUUAACUGCACCGCAGGAUGCAAGUAUGGCAGCCACAACAGCUUCGAGGUGAUCCAAUUAGUUUCUGGUUUUGGACCUAUUAUCUAUGCCGGCUGCUUCGCGGCGACGAUUUCAAGUGCCUUAGCAUCGCUGGUCUCAGCACCGAAAGUAUUUCAAGCUCUCUGUCUUGACAAAUUAUAUCCAGGAAUUUCGUGGUUUAGUGGAGAAAAAGAUAAGGAGCCGAUUCGCGGUUAUUUACUAACUUUCAUUAUCGCCGUCGCUUUUAUUUUGAUCGGUGAGUUAAACGCGAUCGCGCCGCUAAUUUCAAACUUCUUCUUGGCUGCCUACACUCUUAUCAAUUUCAGUACGUUUCAUGCUUCCUUGGCUAAGCCAAUCGGAUGGCGACCAACCUUUAAGUAUUACAAUAUGUGGCUCAGUCUCGCUGGUGCUAUCCUUUGCGUUUCUGUGAUGUUUCUGAUCUCAUGGUGGACGGCUCUAAUAACAUUAUGCGCAGUCUUAGCACUGUAUUUAGUAGUCUCAUACAGAAAACCUGAUGUAAAUUGGGGCUCGACCACACAAGCCCAGACUUACAAUAACGCGCUGACCGCUGUACAGCAAUUGGAUCGGGUGGAAGAGCACGUGAAAAAUUACAGACCGCAACUCUUGGUUCUUACUGGCGCGCCUAACGUGAGAUCGUCCCUCGUCGACUUCGCUCAUCAUAUUACUAAACAUCAGAGUUUAUUUAUUUGCGGCCAUAUUAUUGAGACACCCAUAUCAUACAAAACGCGGAACAGUAUGAUGCAGAACUGUCCUUCCUGGCUUAGGGCAAACAAGAUCAAGGCGUUUUACUCGCUAGUGGACAACUCGAAUUUCCAAGACGGUGCUACUUCGCUCUUACAAGCCGCUGGACUUGGGAAAAUGAGGCCCAAUAUCCUGCUAAUGGGUUACAAGCAAGAUUGGGCCACCUGUCAGCGGGAAAAUCUGAAUAUGUACUUCAACGUCAUGCACAAGGCUCUAGAUAUGCAUAUAGCAGUGGCGCUUCUUCGGCUUCAGGAAGGCUUGGAUUGUAGUGCGGUUGUCGGUGAUGUCGAAGAUCCAAGGAGACUCUCACCUACUUCGAUACCGGGCAAUCAGAGUUUCUCGCAGCUUAGUCAAGCUAGCAGCACGUCUGACAUAUCGAUCCCUGGAAGUCCCGCGCCGAGACGUUCGAAAACAAUUAACGAAUAUCCCAAUCCGUCUUCUGAAGAGCAGCGCGAAAAUCGACCAAAUAUAGUACCAAUUACGAAUAUACUUAAUGUAAUAACAAAGUUUCAACGGAAGCAUAAAAAGGGUACUAUCGAUGUAUGGUGGCUUUACGAUGACGGUGGCUUAACGCUUUUAUUACCUUAUAUUAUCAGCACGAGGCGUAAUUGGUCUAACAGCAAAUUGAGAGUAUUUGCACUUGCUAACAAGCACUCUGAACUGGAGUAUGAGCAAAGGAGUGUGGCAAGUCUCCUGUCGAAAUUCCGGAUAGACUAUUCCGCCUUAAAAGUCAUAUCGGAUAUCUCGAAGCCAGCACAAGCCAGUACAAAGACGUUCUUUGACUCGUUAAUAGCUGACUUUCAGGAAACAGCCGAUUCGAAAAAUUCCGAUGACGAUGUUAUUAAAGAUUCGGAACUUAUGGCGAUGAAAGAAAAGACCAAUAGACAUCUCCGUUUGCGCGAAUUAUUACUUGAAAAUUCCAUGGAAGCCAAUUUAGUCGUUAUGACACUACCGAUGCCUCGGAAAGGUGCUGUAUCAGCGCCUCUUUACAUGGCGUGGCUAGAAACACUUACACGUGACAUGCCACCGUUUUUACUGGUUCGGGGUAAUCAUACAUCGGUUUUAACGUUUUAUUCAUAAUAUUAAUGUGAAACCGAUUGACGAGACGUUUUAUACGCAAAGAUGUAGAACGUCACAACAAGUCACAAUAGCGAUAUCGCAGUAUUAUAAGCGAAAAGAAAGACUUAAUCAUUUAUAUAUGCAGAAAAAAAUUGAUUCGACCAUGGCAGAACGAAACAUCCAGUGAUAUAUAUAUGUAAUAGUGACAAGCUAUAAUGACAAGUAUGCCUUUAUUAUAAUGUGUGGGAAAAUGCGUUUGUGAAUGAACCACUAUUGAAGAAUGUGCCUAUAAUAAGCAAUCUCUUGAAAAUGUUCAGUCAUGUAGUGAGACUGUAUUUUUUUUUACAUGACUGAAAUAUUUCUCGAUUCCGAAAAAUCUCGACAGUCUCUCUUUAGAUGUAAAAAAAGAUCAAUCAUAUAUUAUAAAUAUUUAAAGUAAAGUGACAAUCAUAAUUCAUAGCAUUAUUUUAUCGUUUGUCAAGCAAACUUUUUGUGCCUUAUCUUAAAUAACGCUGUGUUUUAUAUGCAGAAGUAUUCAAAACAAUUUCGGAAAUGUUGGUAUUGGGGAAUUUAGAAAAUUGCACCUUAUAUAUUUAAGAAGGCCAACUAUCUUUUUAUAAAAACUUUUAUAUUUCUAUAUAUAUUGAACUUAUAAAUUUUUGACAAUCUUUGAAUACAGAACACAAUUGUAAUAAAUUUUGUAAAUACUACACAACUCUCUAAUUGCAUUAAAAGUUUUGCUUAUUUUUAUAUGUGUGUUUUAUAAUCUCGAUAUAAUACUUAUAAAAGCACGAAGUUCCGUCAUGAAAAAUAGUAUAAAGAGUAAACGCCAAUGUUUAAAAUAAAGUAAUCGUAUAUAAAAGUUGUAAAAACAUUACAGACGUAUAGACCUACUAUAAGAUAAAUUAAACGUUAUUGUAGUACAAAAUGCUAAACUGUCAUAGCGACACUUACAGUGUCAAAGUAUAUCUCAAUUCUAUUUCAUAUCUCUCAUCGCGAUACUAUCAGGGCAUCGCCAUCUAAGAAUGUUUCAAGUAUGUUGCACAAUGUUUCAUAUAUAUGUACUAAGUUUUAUACAGAAAUUUUAUAUCGAUUUCUGUUUAAACUUUUAAUUACGUAACUUCGUUAUAACGUAACAACUAUCAGUGCUUUUACAUUAUCGAUAACUUUGCGAUACAUCAUUAGAUGAUACAGAGAUAUUUAUUUGAAUGCUUCGAUGUGAACACGUUUCAGACUAGUUGCGAAUGCAUUGCAGGAGUCAGAAUACUGAUAAUACAUUAUAAUAUUCUUCCUAAUUGCGUAAGCUUUGCAAAUUACAAAAUGAUCUAUCGUUGCGCGUGUAUGUAGACGUUGGUGCAGUCUUAAUUAUAAUUUGAAUUACAGAUUAAUUGUCAUACAAUUCCAUAUCGUAAUAAAAGUCAAUAUUCCAACCCUUCUAUAUGUAUAUAUAAUGUGUGUGUAUAUAUAUAUAUAUAUAAAAUCGAA